AUGGCUGAUACGUGUCAUCUGUGUCUGCUGGGACUGAUCUUUCUCUCUUCACUUCUCACAGGUUCCAGUGGAGUGGAUGAUGCUCAUGUGUUCAUCAGUUCUGGUCAAAAUGUCCAUCUGUCCUGUAAUAAUGCUCUUCCUGACUGCACAUCAACUACAUGGAACUAUAACAGAUUCAAUCAAUCAGAGACAGUUGAACUGAUUGGUUUAGGGAUAACGAAGACAGACACAGAGAAACAUGAGAGACUGAGUCUGGGGUCUGACUGCUCUCUGAACAUCAAGAACGUCACAAAAGAAGAUUAUGGACUUUACACCUGCAGACAAUAUGUGAAUGACAAACAACUAGGAACUGAUGCUCGUGUUUAUCUGCAUGUUUUUCAUGUCUCUUCAUCUUCAUCAUCCUCACAGACUGAGAUCAGUGCAGGCCGCUCUGUGACUCUCUCCUGUCAGUUGUAUUCAUUUGCUGACGUUUCUUGUGAUGAUUUGAUUAAUUCUGAGGGAAUUCAGCUGUUCUGGGUGAAUCAGGCUGGUGAUAAUCUGAUAAACUCAGACUCCAGAUAUCAGAUAUUAUUCUCAUCAGAUCACUGUAUUAGCACUCUGAAUACAACACUCCUGAAUGAAGAUCACAACAGAGAGUGCAGAUGCAAUGUUACUCACAGAGAUCAAGUCAAGGCCUCAGUCACAUACACUGUCAAGAGUUCAGGUUCCAGUGGAGUGGAUGAUGCUCAUGUGUUCAUCAGUUCUGGUGAAAAUGUCCGUCUGUCCUGUAAUAAUGCUCUUCCUGACUGCACAUCAACUACAUGGAACUAUAACAGAUUCAAUCAAUCAGAGACAGUUGAACUGAUUAAUUUAGGGAUAAAGAAUAAAAACACAGAGAGACAUGAGAGACUGAGUCUGGGGUCUGACUGCUCUCUGAACAUCAAGAACGUCACAAAAGAAGAUUAUGGACUUUAUAUCUGCCGACAAUAUGUGAAUGGACAAAAACAAGGAACUGAUGCUCGUGUUUCUCUGCAUGUUCUUCAUGUCUCUUCAUCUUCAUCAUCCUCACAGACUGAGAUCAGUGCAGGCCGCUCUGUGACUCUCUCCUGUCAGUUGUAUUCAUUUGCUGAAGUCUCUUGUGAUGAUUUGAUUAAUUCUGAGGGAAUUCAGCUGUUCUGGGUGAAUCAGGCUGGUGGUAAACUGAUAAACUCAGACUCCAGAUAUCAGAUAUCAUCCUCAUCAGGACACUGCAUCAGCACUCUGACUUCAACACUCCUGAAUGAAGAUCACAACAGAGAGUGGAGAUGCAAUGUUACUCACAGAGAUAAAGUCAACACCUCAGUCACAUCUACUGUCAAGAGUUCAGCUCGAGCUGAUUCAACGACAGCAGUCACAAACUCUCAGGAUCCUCAGGAUUCUGCUCAUACAGUGAUCAAUGGGCCCGUCGGGUCCCUGACUAUGACUGUCUCUUCUUUAGUGACAGUGAUUUCUGUUCCUGCCGCUGCAUUCGCUGCUUUCCUUGCCGCUGUUCUCUGGCUGAUCUGCAGAAAAAGAGCUGAUGAUAAAAGAGGGACUGGUGAAUCUGCGGUCAAAGGUGAGAAUGAAGAUAAAGGGACGUAUGAAACAAUCAACAUGUCCAUUCCUGCUGCAAGAGACAAUGAGCCGACAGAUGAUGUGACUUAUUCUGAAGUCUCUUCUUCCAGUAAAAAGCCAGUAAAAUCACUCAAUGAUCAUAAUGAUACAGUGACUUAUGAUGCCAUCAGAUGA